UAAUUGUGAAACAGAAGAUAAACUGUUUCUAGUCACUGACUAUAUAAAACACCAACAACAUAGAGAGAACCUCAUUCACACACAAAAAAGAAAAAAAAGGGAAAACCCUAAAACCACUGCCUCCUCUUCUUCUUCUUCUCGUUCUCGGUCAGAAAUAACCGGUGAACUGGUUAAAAUCUCGACGAGAUGGGAUCCAUUGUGUUGUCAGAAAUGUUAACACAGAUAUUGAUUCCAGUAUGUGCUGUUGUUGGAAUCGUAUUCUCAUUGUUCCAAUGGUAUGUUGUUUCUCAAGUGAAAGUUGCUCCUGAUAGUGCAAGACAAUCUAACAACAGUAACAAAAAUGGUUUCAACGAUUCUUUGAUCGAAGAAGAAGAGGGUAUUAAUGACCAUAACACUGUACUCAAAUGUGCUGAGAUUCAGAACGCCAUCUCUGAAGGAGCAACAUCCUUCCUGUAUACUGAAUACCAGUAUGUUGGGAUAUUCAUGGUUGGAUUUGCAGUACUUAUUUUUCUCUUCCUUGGGUCCGUCGAGGGUUUUAGCACCAAGUUGCAGCCUUGCACAUACAAUGUAGACAAGAUGUGCAAAUCUGCUCUUGCAAAUGCUACUUUCAGUACCAUAUCAUUUGUGCUUGGUGCUGUAACCUCAGUGAUAUCUGGUUUCCUCGGGAUGAAGAUUGCAACCUAUGCUAACGCUAGGACAACCUUGGAGGCAAGAAAAGGUGUUGGAAAAGCUUUUAUUGUUGCGUUUAGGUCUGGGGCAGUUAUGGGUUUUCUUCUUGCAGCCAAUGGACUAUUGGUCCUUUACAUUACCAUCAAUGUGUUCAAGAUUUACUAUGGUGAUGACUGGGAGGGACUAUUUGAGGCAAUCACUGGUUAUGGUCUAGGUGGAUCUUCCAUGGCCCUCUUUGGAAGAGUUGCUGGAGGUAUCUACACAAAAGCUGCUGAUGUUGGUGCUGAUCUUGUAGGAAAGGUUGAAAGGAACAUCCCUGAGGAUGACCCCAGGAACCCAGCUGUUAUUGCUGAUAAUGUUGGUGACAAUGUUGGGGAUAUUGCUGGAAUGGGUUCUGAUCUUUUUGGUUCUUAUGCCGAGUCCUCUUGUGCUGCACUUGUUGUUGCAUCCAUCUCCUCUUUCGGAAUCAACCAUGAAUUCACCGCAAUGUGCUAUCCAUUGCUUAUUAGUUCCAUUGGUAUCCUUGUCUGUUUGCUCACCACCCUCUUUGCUACCGAUUUCUUUGAAAUCAAGCUUGUCAAUCAAAUCGAGCCAGCACUAAAGAACCAGCUUAUUAUCUCUACUGCUCUAAUGACUGUGGGAAUUGCUAUUGUCAGUUGGGUUGCCCUCCCAUCUGAAUUCACAAUCUUCAAUUUUGGAGUUCAGAAAGUUGUGAAAAACUGGGAACUGUUUUUCUGUGUUGCCAUUGGUCUUUGGGCUGGAUUGGUCAUUGGGUUCGUUACAGAAUAUUAUACCAGCAAUGCAUACAGCCCUGUGCAAGAUGUUGCUGAUUCUUGCCGAACUGGAGCUGCUACUAAUGUUAUCUUUGGCCUUGCAUUGGGAUACAAAUCUGUUAUCAUUCCAAUCUUUGCUAUUGCUGUCAGUAUCUUUGUUAGUUUUAGCCUUGCUGCCAUGUAUGGAAUUGCUGUAGCUGCUCUUGGAAUGCUCAGCACCAUAGCUACUGGAUUGGCAAUUGAUGCAUAUGGUCCCAUCAGUGACAAUGCUGGAGGCAUUGCAGAGAUGGCUGGUAUGAGCCACCGGAUCAGAGAGAGGACUGAUGCCCUAGAUGCUGCAGGAAACACCACUGCUGCUAUUGGAAAGGGAUUUGCCAUUGGCUCAGCUGCACUUGUAUCCUUGGCACUAUUUGGUGCCUUCGUGAGUCGCGCAGCUAUUUCAAGCGUGGAUGUUCUAACCCCAAAAGUCUUCAUUGGUUUGCUUGUUGGAGCAAUGCUUCCAUACUGGUUCUCCGCCAUGACCAUGAAGAGUGUAGGAACUGCAGCUCUUAGUAUGGUGGAAGAAGUCCGCAGGCAAUUUAACACCAUCCCUGGACUGAUGGAAGGUACAGCAAAGCCUGACUAUGCAAACUGUGUCAAAAUCUCAACAGAUGCAUCCAUCAAAGAAAUGAUCCCACCUGGUGCUUUGGUCAUGCUUACUCCCCUCAUUGUUGGGACAUUCUUCGGCGUUGAGACUCUCUCUGGUGUCCUUGCUGGUUCCCUAGUUUCUGGUGUACAGAUUGCAAUCUCUGCAUCCAACACUGGAGGUGCUUGGGAUAAUGCCAAGAAAUAUAUCGAGGCCGGUGUCUCGGAGCACGCAAAAUCCCUUGGUCCCAAAGGAUCAGACCCCCACAAGGCAGCUGUUAUCGGUGACACCAUUGGAGAUCCCCUCAAGGACACAUCGGGUCCAUCACUAAAUAUCCUUAUCAAGCUAAUGGCAGUGGAGUCUCUUGUGUUCGCACCCUUCUUUGCGAAACACGGUGGUCUCAUCUUCAAGCUUUUCUAAGUUCCAGGGAUGUGAAGCUCCGAAAGAGAGAGUGAAGGAUGAGUUGGAUGUGAUGAUGAUGGUGAUGAUGAUAAAGAUGAUUGAAGAGUUGUAAUGGUGGUUUUGGUGUCUUCUGUUAUGGCGUGGUUACACUAGUCCAUUGGUUUCAUGCUAGGAUGGACAUUUUGGAUAGGCAAUGUUUGCCUUUUCUUUUUCUCUCUUGAUGUUCUUAAUUCUAUUUCUAAAUUAGAUAACUGGGAUGAUGUCUAUUUCUUAUAAAUUCAUAUCUAUCUGAUCUGGACGAGUUUUGUUAGCGGUCUAAUUCUGCUGCCUAAGUUUAUCUUUUAUA